UUGUUGAAAGGUUUUGCUUAAGUAUAUAUAUCAUGGCUCAUGGGCAUUCAAAUAGAGAACUCCAAGAAAGAUUCCAGCACUCGGGUGAAACUAUAUGUCGAAUAUUUGGAAUUGUGUUGGAUUGUUUGAUGACGUUUUCUAAGGAUAUGAUUGCACCCGUUGACCCCACUUUUGAGAGUGUAGCACCUGAUGAAAGAUAUUUACCGCAUUUCAAGGAUUGUAUUGGAGCUAUCGAUGGUACUCAUGUUCCAGCGGUUAUAUUUGAAGAAAAAAAGAUAUGUGCUACAAUCGUAAAGGAUUUAUUAGCCAAAACAUCAUGGCAGCUUGUAGCUUUGAUCUUCAAUUUACAUUUGCCGUUCCGGGAUGGGAAGGAUCAGCUCAUGAUGCUAGAAUACUACGAGAGACACUGGAGAAUCCUAGUUUGGGAUUUCCCUAUCCCCCACUUGGUAAAUACUACUACGGUAUUUGGUAGAUGUGGAAUACUCGAUUCAAGAAGGUUUUUUGCCGCCACACCGUAAUACGAGAUACCAUCCAUCUUCUUUCAAUGGAGAGAGACCAAACUCGGGAAAAGAAUUCUUCAACAAAAAGCAUUCAUCGUUGCGUUGUUGCAUUGAGCGAACAUUUGGUGUAUGGAAGGCAAGGUGGCGUAUCCUUAGAUUCAUGCCUUCUUAUCCUUUUAAGGUGCAGGUCAAAAUAAUCUUAGCUACCAUGGCACUACAUAAUUUCAUCCAUCGAUAUUGUAAUGACGAUCCCGCUUUUCUUUGUUUUGAGACAAACCUUGAUUUUGUUCCUCAAGAUCGCAUUACUCCACCAACACAAGAAUCCAACGAAAGGUCUUCAAAUGAGGUUCGCGGUCUAAGCUCUGCACGUAUGAUUGCAUUACGAGAUGAAAUUACCGAAAAUUUGGGGCGUAAUAUGAGGCAACGUCGUUGAUAGUGUAUGACGAUUGCAUGUGUUCUAUUAUAUAUUUCCUUUGCUGAACGUAUUUUCAGACAUAAAAAUUUGCGAUGUAAUAACGUUAGUACUUUUUAUGUAGUUUGUGUAUCAUUUAUUUUUUAAAUGAACUCCAAUGAAUACUUAUGUGUAUUUUA